GCUGUUGGGGGCGGGGGCGCGCAGUCUGUCAGCGCCGCCGGGGAGGACUCGCCGGUCGUCGCAGCGCUGGAUAUGGCCUGCCGCUCGCAAAGCCCCCCUAGGUAUCGGAGCCGCAUCGACCGCGACGCUAGCCCGCCGCCCCCCGCGAGAUGGAGCCUCGGGCGCAAGCGCAGAGCCGAUGGCAGGCGCAGGACGGCGGAGGACGCCGAGGGCCUCGCAAAGCCGGCGGACGACCGCAGACCUGACAGCUUUACCACCCCCGAAGGCCCAAAGCCCCAUCCUAGAUGUACAGACUGGGCCAGUGCAGUCGAAGAAGAUGAAAUGAGGACCAAAGUUAACAAAGAAAUUGCAAGAUAUAAAAGAAAACUCCUCAUAAAUGAUUUUGGAAGAGAGAGAAAAUCAUCAUCGGGAAGUUCUGAUUCUAAGGAGUCUACGUCUGCAGUGCCGGCCGACUUGGAGACAGAUGAGAGUGUCCUGAUGAGAAGACAGAAGCAGAUCAACUACGGGAAGAACACCAUCGCCUAUGAUCGCUACAUCAAAGAAGUCCCAAGACACCUUCGGCAGCCUGGCGUUCACCCCAAGACCCCCAACAAAUUUAAGAAGUACAGUCGACGAUCGUGGGACCAGCAGAUCAAGCUCUGGAAGGUGGCUCUUCAUUUCUGGGACCCUCCAGCUGAAGAAGGAUGUGAUUUUCAAGAAAUACAUCCUGUAGACCUCGGGGCAAUGGAGACCGAAUCGACAGAAAGCAGCACCGAGUCCCAGACCAGCUCCCAGGACAACUUUGAUAUGUACUCUGGCACACCCACCAAAGUUAGACACGUGGACUGCCAAGCGGAGGAUGAGUUUGACUUGGAAGCUUGCUUAACUGAACCCUUGAAAGACUUCUCGGCCAUGAGCUAACUAACUGGUGCCCUGCAGAGGCCCCUGACAGACAGCACCUGGCCAGGGAGGGCCAGCCCAGCAUGCGUUGCUGCCCUUGUCACCGGUGGCUUCUGUUAAUAGUUUAUUAUGUCGUGAAUCGUUAUCCUUGCCUUAUUUUCUUAAACAAUUUUAUGUAUAGUGAAUGUAUGUUGCAUGUUUUAAAUUGUAAAUGGAACUAAAUCCAAUGAAAAUUGAACGUGAAGCAAUCUCGCAGCAAACUUAAUUGCUUAACCCCCACUGAGUGGACAAGCACACUUCAACUGGUUUCCACAGGGUUUUAGAUGCUAGUUGUCAGAUGUCGGGUUUGAGUUGACCCAGUGUCCACAGGUGCAGUCUGGUAUCAGCUUUCUUUACUGGGGUCUGCUGAAGUCUUCUCCCGUGGGACACCUUUAACAUCUCUAUGGAAAUGUCAGUUUGUCAGUAUGUCAAGGUGGCUUUUCCCUCCCACAGAGCACUGAAUAGCUUAAGAUGUUGAGCUGUUAAAUUAAUAGAUUUUAUGUAAGUUAUGCGGUCUGAAUUUGGUACUUGUAAAUAGUGCCACGUAGGCCUCCUACCAAGAAUACUUCAAGAGUUAAGGCAGCAGCAGGAUUUAGAAAGAAUGUUUUUUUACACAGUUAAUUUACCAUGUAAAAUUGCUGUAAAUGAUGAUGUAUACAGAUUUUCUGUUCAGAUAUCCAAUUGUAAACUUCUUGUUGAGACUCUUGUUUCUAUUGCUUUUGUAUGGAAUGGCAUUGCAAAAAUAAAAAGUAAAGAACCUUA